UCCAUUCUUUUCUCUAUGCAUAUGAAACACAAAACAUUUGUUCCUUUGUUCCCUCCCCUUAUUUCACCUGAGCUCAGAGAGUAUAUGCAAAUCUUGUACAUAGAUUUUCUUGAAACCCAUUAUCAUUUUCUUGAAGUUUUCAGCUUUCUGACUGUCAAAGCCAAAAACAAAAAAAAAAUGAACUUAAGGUAUGCUCCCCAUAUAGUUAUUACUAUAUUCUUGUCUUUUUCUCUUCAAAUUGUGUUUUCUCAAUUGCCCCCAAAUCAAAUUAAUGUCAUGAGAAGUGUCUAUGAUCUGUUUCAGAAUGAUACUGGUGCUUCUUUUGUAUGGAAUGGAACUGAUAAAGCUUCAACCCCAUGUUCUUGGAAAGGGGUUUCUUGCAAUUCUAAUAAUUCUUCCCUUACCAAAGUCACCUUUUCAUUGUUCUCUAUUUCUAGCUCUGAAUUCUUGCCUUUUAUUUGUCAAAUUGAUACUUUGGAGUCUAUUGAUGUUUCCCAAAACUUUUUGAGCUCUAUCCCAAAUGAGUUCAUCACUGUUUGUGGGGGAAUUAGUGGGUUGAAAUUGUUGAACUUUAGUGGGAAUAAAUUGGAGGGUUUUUUGCCUACUUUCACUGGUUUUGGAAAGUUGGAGUCUUUGGACUUUUCUUACAAUAACAUGAAUGGGAAAGUUGACUUGCAGUUGGAUGGAUUAGACUCACUCAAGAGUUUGAACCUUAGCUUUAACAUGUUUAAUGGUUCAGUUCCUACCAGUCUUGGAAAAUUUAAUCUUCUGGAGGAGCUUCAUCUUUCUGCAAAUUCUUUUGAAGGUGAAUUCCCCACUCAAAUUGUGAACUUUGGCAACUUAACUUUGAUUGACCUUUCUCUAAACAACAUAUCUGGUGUAAUUCCUGAUAGAUUAGGUGAACUUUCCAAAUUGCAAGUCUUGAUUUUGUCAUCCAAUAGAUUGAAUGGCACAAUCCCACAAUCCCUUAGGAAUAUCACAACGCUGACGCGUUUUGCUGCGAAUCAGAAUUAUUUUAUUGGAAAUAUACCCUUCGGUAUAACCACAUACCUGAGGAAUUUGGACCUCAGUUUUAACACAUUAAAUGGUACAAUUCCUCAGGACCUCUUAUUCCCAAUGAAUUUGCAGUUUGUUGAUCUCACUUCCAAUAAGUUAGAGGGACCUGUUCCUUCAAACAUGUCGAUAAAUUUGAUCAGGUUGAGAUUGGGGCAAAAUGCUUUGAAUGGGUCAUUUCCAUCUGCUUCUUUUGAAAGCCUUCAAAGUUUGACCUACUUGGAACUGGACAACAACCAGUUAACUGGACCAAUUCCUUCUGAAUUGGGAAAGUGCCAAAAGCUGGCCCUUUUGAACUUAGCCCAGAAUAAGCUGAGUGGUGUUAUUCCUGUUGAGUUGGGUGAUAUUUCUAAUCUUCAGGUACUGAGUCUUCAGUCCAAUAACCUAGUUGGAGAAAUUCCAAGUAACAUUUCACAGUUGAACAGAUUGCAGAGGCUCAAUUUCAGCUCGAAUUCGUUGACUGGUUCCAUUCCAAGUUCGUUAUCAAGUUUGAGAAGUCUCACAAACUUGAAUUUGCAGGGGAAUAAUCUAAGUGGUCAAAUUCCGGUUGACAUUAGUAACUUAAAUGUGCUGUUAGAACUCCAACUUGGAGGGAACCAACUCAGUGGGCAUAUUCCUGAUAUGCCUUUGAGUUUACAGAUUGCUUUGAAUCUGAGUCGCAAUCUUUUUCAAGGACCUAUACCAAGUAGUUUUUCUAGAUUGACUUCAUUGGAAGUUUUG